AUGGCAGGAAUACUACUGGGUUUUCCUGAUGAGGAAGCAGCCUCCGAACCGGCAACAGCCUUCGAUAAUUUCCUUGGUGGUACCCUAGUGACUUUUACUCCUCCCGAGAGUGUCCCAGUCACCACACCCACAUGCACAAACUGCAGUGAAUCGUCGUCAUUUAUAAUGCAACUCUACUGCCCCUUGGGAGAUCAUCAUCGCUCCAUGUACUUUUUUUCCUGUCUUCGCAAAGAAUGUCAAAAGUUGGGCCGCUGCUGGCGAGCAUUCAGACUUUCCACGAAGCUGUCGUCAAUUCCAGCGCUGCCUCAGAAGGCCACGUCCACCGAAGCGUCCGAUUGCGAAUGGAAAUUAGAUGACAACGACGAACUCGAUGAAAGUGUUUGGUUCAACACGUGCCCUACAGUUGAUGUAGCCGCCAUUGCGGACUCAAAGUGCCAUGAAAUUUUGCACAUAAAAAGCCCCUUCCUCCGUCGCUUCAUCCAAGUUUACGACGAGGAGACCCCUCAAGGCUCAGAGACGCAGCACAACUGUCUGUCCGACUGGGUGCUGGACUACCAAGCAGAGGAGGAGUUUGUCAGUGAUGAUGAAGCUGAUGCGGACAUCGAGAAGCACAUGACCUCCCGAUACCAGCUCCACCUGGCCACCCGUGACCCGGCCUAUGGCUGCGAGGCUGUCCGCUACGCCUGGUGUGGCCAGCCGAUAUUUGCUAGCGCUCCUCCACAAGAGGACUGGGCCCCACACCUAACCUGUCGACGUUGUGGCGGCCCGCGCGCUUUCGAGGUUCAACUGUUCUCCUCGAUCAAUAACUCCCUCACCCUUGAUCCCACGUCCCCCAAUGACGAUAUUGACGCCUCAUGGCCGCUGGACAUGGCAACUCUCAUUGUUUUUUCUUGCAAGGCCAGUUGUGAAUCCGACCAGUGGACCGAGGAGUGCGUACUAGUACAAACUGAACGGGGAGAGAGUGUGUUUUGCGGCACCUGA